AUGCUUGAAGCCUUUGGACCUAACAAGAGACGUAAAGUUAUCGCGGAGGAAGAAGGUGAGCACUCCAAACCAUGGGUUGAAAAGUACAGGCCCAAGAAACUUGACGAAGUUACAGCCCAAGAUCAUGCUGUCAAUGUGCUCAAGAAAACGCUUGGUUCGACCAAUUUGCCACACAUGCUGUUUUAUGGACCGCCUGGGACAGGAAAGACGUCAACCAUAUUGGCUUUGACAAAGGAAUUGUUCGGACCAGAACUCAUGAAGACUAGAGUAUUGGAGUUGAAUGCUUCUGAUGAACGUGGCAUAUCCGUGGUGCGGGAGAAGGUCAAGAAUUUUGCAAGACUCACUGUCUCCAAACCAACGGCCGAAGAUCGCAAGAAUUACCCAUGCCCUCCAUAUAAGAUCAUCAUUCUUGAUGAGGCCGAUUCAAUGACCGCAGAUGCGCAAAGUGCGUUACGUCGAACGAUGGAAACUUACUCGGCCGUGACGAGAUUUUGUCUAAUUUGCAAUUACGUUACUAGAAUCAUCGAUCCUCUGGCAUCCAGAUGCUCGAAAUUCAGAUUCAAGUCGCUUGACACCGGCAGUGCCCUUGAUCGUUUGACCUUCAUUGCCCAGAAGGAGUCGGUUGGUUACGAAGAUGGCGUGCUGGAAGAUAUACUCAAAAUAUCAAGAGGAGAUCUGAGAAGAGCGAUCACUUUGCUGCAAUCGGCGUAUAAGAGAAAUGAUCUUCAGGGAAGCAAAAAAAUAACCUUCAGCGAGAUUCAAGAAAUCUCAGGCCUCGUUCCGAACUCCCUCAUAACUGAGCUCGCGACGAAGAUAGCUGGAAACGAUGUUGAUGAUAUUGCUGCUUAUGUCAAUGAUUUUAUGAAGAAGGGCUGGGCUGUGACGUCUGUAGCUGAUCAGCUCCACAGCUACUAUUUGACCAGUGACGACUUCAGUACAGAUUUCAAGAACAAAGUCUCAUGGAUUUUAUUCAAUACGGAUGCAAAAUUGACUAACGGGACCAAUGAACACAUUCAGCUUUUGAAUCUUGUCGUUCAAAUAUCUGAAGUGCAAAAGACAAGCUAA